CAACACCAAAAUGGACAAAAAACAAACCCCUCUUCCCAUCUCUCAUUCCACCCCUCAUUUCGUUGACAUCCCAGAAGAGGAGGAAGAAGAAGAGCAUGUCGGGCCAAAGGCGGCCCCGGCUUCAGCCGAGGCCCCCGAGAGGCGGCUGAAGAUCAAACACAACAGGCUGCGGCCGCCACCACCACGACAAGAGCGGAGUUUCGGUCGACAAGUGUCGUUGGAGACGGGUUUGGAUAGGGACUCCAAAGGGAAGGGUAUUGAGAGAAUGGCUCUUCCAAGGAGUGGGAGAAGCUUUGGGGGAUUUGAUUCCACCAAUAUUGAAGGAAGGAAGGCAAAUUUCAGCAUCUUUAGAACAAAGUCCACUCUUAGUAAGCAGAAUUCAUCGUUGCCAUCAAAAAAAUUAGAUCAAAGAGAUCCAAUGGAGUCUCAGAGAACUCAUGGGAGCUCUGAAGGGAUUAAUGAUGAAUCUGUUAAUAAAAGUGUUCCUGUUGGAAGAUACUUUGCUGCUCUUAGAGGACCUGAACUUGAUCAAGUCAAGGAUUACGAGGAUAUUCUUCUCCCUAAAGAUGAGAAAUGGCCAUUUCUUCUUCGUUUCCCCAUCGGAUGCUUCGGUAUAUGCCUUGGCCUCAGCAGCCAAGCCGUGUUAUGGCGGGCACUAUCGACCAGCCCCGCCACCGCCUUCCUCCACGUCACGCCAUUCCUCAAUCUUGCUAUUUGGCUCCUUGCCGCCACCGCCCUCCUCGCUGUUUCCCUCACUUACAUUCUCAAGUGCAUCUUCUACUUCGAAGCCGUCAAGAGAGAGUACUUUCACCCUGUUCGUGUCAACUUCUUCUUUGCCCCUUGGGUCGUCUGCAUGUUCCUUGCCAUCAGUGCUCCCCCAUCCCUCGUGUCAGAGCCGCUCCACCCUGCCAUUUGGUGCGCCUUCAUGGGUCCUUACUUCUUGCUCGAGCUCAAGAUAUACGGGCAAUGGUUGUCCGGGGGAAAACGACGAUUGUGUAAGGUGGUGAACCCGUCGUCGCACCUGUCGGUGGUUGGAAACUUCGUCGGAGCGAUUCUAGCGGCAAAAUGUAGGUGGUUGGAGGCAGCAAAGUUCUUGUGGUCAGUGGGGUUCGCUCACUAUCUGGUGGUGUUUGUGACUCUGUAUCAGAGGCUGCCCACGAGUGAGGCUCUGCCGAAGGAGCUGCACCCAGUUUACUCAAUGUUCAUCGCCGCGCCAUCUGCAGCCAGCAUUGCUUGGCAGACCAUUUAUGGAGAUUUUGAUGGCUUGUCCAGGACUUGCUUCUUCAUUGCUCUGUUUCUCUACAUUUCCCUCGUCGUGCGGAUCAACUUCUUCACUGGAUUCAGGUUUUCAGUGGCUUGGUGGUCUUACACAUUCCCAAUGACAACAGCUUCAGUGGCCACCAUCAAAUAUGCAGAGCUUGUCCCCACAGUUGUAAGUAAAGUUCUGGCACUCACCCUUUCUUUCAUGUCCUCUGCCAUGGUGUCCCUUCUCUUUGUAUCCACUCUCCUCCAUGCCUUUCUUUGGAAGACACUGUUCCCAAAUGACCUGGCCAUUGCAAUCACAAAGAGGAGACUUAUUAAUAAGGACAGGAGACCCUUCAAAAAGGCAUAUGACCUCAAACGCUGGACAAAGCAAGCUCUUACCAAGCACAAGGACCAUUUUGAUCCGCAAAAUGAAGCAUUUUGACUCUCCUUUCAAAUGUCUCUGCCUGCCUGUAUUUUGGGGCCAUGUAUAAACAGUCAUCUACAAUUUAUUUCGACACCAGGACUUGUUUCGAACCGGUGUUCAUAAUAUAGAAGAGACAUGAAUUUAGAACA